UUCAAAUAUUGUUUUAUUUACAGAUAAGUCUGUAGUUAGUGGAUUGACUUGAAUAGCCUAAUUAAGCCACAAUGGUUGAUUCUGAUAAAGUUUUAUGGUGUUUAAAAAACGGAGAAUUGGACGAACUCAAGAGUCAAUUAAGUAAACCAAAAGUGUGUGUUGAUGAUGUCUCACUUACAAAUAAUAAGAUGCCAGCGAUAAUAUGCGCAGCAGAUUAUGGUCAAACAGAUAUUGUCAACUAUCUCAUCGAAAAAGGUGCAAAUGUAAAUAUAGUUGAUAAGAAGACAUCAAUCACCCCUUUGCUUGCUGCUAUUUGGGAAGGUCACACUUCAACAGUGGAACUACUUCUAAAAAAGGGGGCGAAAAAUAAAGGAAUGAAGUCUCCUGGCGGAAAAAGUUACAUAGAUGAAGCAGACAAUAAAAAAAUCAAAGAGUUGUUGGAUAAAUAUUCUAACAAUUGAAGAUCGAAAUUCAUAUUUUUGUUUUAUAGCAUUUGAACUGCAAUGACUAAGUGCAGCCAUCAAAACUUGUUUUAAACCUUUAACAAUUAUGCAUAGCUUGAUAAUAUUUACCAGAUUGUUAGUCUUGGUUGCAAUUAAGUCCUAUUCAAGAAUGAAAUGCAUAUAAAGUUAGUUGUUGUUUUUUUCCAGAGAUCAUAUUAUGCCAUUCCAUUAAUUACUAAUCAGUAAUAGGAAUAAUUGGUAUUCUUGAUAACUAAAAUAAAAUUCUAUAUUAUUAUUAUAUAAACAUUUUUAACACUGUUAGUCUGUUACCUUGGUUUGCCAACAUGAUCAUCUACGAAAGAAAAAUUCCUACGAUAGUUUUUUUUUUUAAUUAGAAUUGUUUUUUGUUGUCAUUAUUGGCCAAUGUGUUCCUCUGAUGCAACUAAACAUUUAUUAUAUGGAUUUAGGCAGCAGAAAUCAACCGAAAUUAAAUUAAUUCCUUUUUGUGUUAAACUUGCUUUUUUAUCAGCCCAAUUAUAAUGAAGUUGUAGCUAGUUGCAAGCGCAAUUGAUGGAUACAAAACUAUUUCAGAAGAGAUAUCUCUGGAAUGGCUUAUUCCUAGAUAUAUUAGAUAUAUAUAUAAAUACGGUAAAUAUUUUGCAUCUUGUUUCAUUUGUAACUUCUAUGAGUUCCAAAACUAAAUAUUCCAUCAAUUUCCUAUUUUUCUUCAUUCCUUUUCACAACAUAUCGUACAAUCUGCCAUAUAAUGAUUCAAUUCGCCACCAUCAUGUAACAGAGUAUGAAUAUGCAUAUUAGUGCCAAUAAAGCCAUAUUUUUGUUUAUCAUAUAUUAUAUACCGGUAUAUGAUAUCAUAUAUUUGGCUUUGCUCAACUGACCCUGAGAAUAAGGUAAUUUAAGUUGAAAUUGGCAUUUAAAACACUUAUAAUUGACAGUGAACAUGUGUAAUGUAUUAUGGUAUGGUAAGCUGAUAUAUUUAGUUCCAUGAAUUGUGAUUAAAUGUGGUAUGCGAUAUUUGUUGUGCAUGAAGCAACCUUAUUACAGGUUUAAACUAUACAAAAAAUUUUUUGUUGAAAGUUUUGGAGAUUAUUCACUAUAGGAUUCCCAUAAAUAAUUUGCGAAUUUCCAAAAUACUGCUGUGGCAUAGUAAUUUCACAUAUAUAACAUUUUAUCAAUCUAAGACUGAAUAGUAAAAUGUUCAGUUAAAAUAGGCCAACCGGGACAAAAUAGGAAUCCCUCUAAUUGUUUAAAAUAAAUGAGGUAGCCUAUUCUACAAUAUUCGUGUAAUUUCAUAACUGUGUCAAAUGCUUUAACAUAUUGUACAAAUUAUACCAUCGCUUUCUUAAAUGUUAAAAUGAUUAUUUGCUUUUUGAUUGAUUAAUAUUAAUACUAUCUGAUAAUGGCUUCUAAUAAACUUUUCUUUGAAAUUGAAA